CUGGCGGCUCUGCUGGUGCCCAGUGUUCAGGAGGCCAAGAGCCUGGGCGUGUUCACUCAGCAGCAGGCGCUGGACUACCUGGGCGGGAAGCUGAAGGCGUCCCCCAAGUUCGGUGCGGCGGGUCCUGAGAAGCGGCGCAAGAGCAAGGUGGACGAGGCGCGGGACGUGCUGGCGCACGUGGUGCUGUGCCACGUGCCGGUGCCCAAGUACAACUUCUGCCACAAGGUCGCCUACAUCGCGGUUAUGAUGCGGCGCAUGCUGUACGCGGUGCUGGACCCCGCGUGCAUCGAUGACAGGGACUACUACGGCAACAAGAGGCUGGAGCUGGCGGGCGGCCUGCUGUCUCUGCUGUUCGAGGACCUGUUCAAGCGGCUCAACUCCGACCUGAAGCGCCAGGCGGACGCGGUGCUGUCCAAGGCCAACCGCGCCACGCAGUUCGACGUGGCCAAGGCCAUCCGCACCGACACCAUCACCUACGGACUGGAGUCGGCGCUGUCCAGUGGGAACUGGAUCAUUCGGCGGUUCAGGAUGGAGAGGAAGGGGGUUACGCAGGUCCUCAGCCGGCUGAGUUUCAUCGCGGCGAUGGGCAUGAUGACGCGCAUGACAUCGCAGUUCGAGAAGACGAGAAAGGUCAGCGGCCCCCGCGCGCUGCACCCCAGCCAGUGGGGCAUGCUGUGCCCCGCCGACACCCCCGAGGGUGAGAGCUGCGGUCUGGUCAAGAACCUGGCGCUCAUGACGCACGUGACGACGGACGAGGAGGAGGGGCCGCUGAGCGCGCUGCUGGUGAUGCUGGGCACGGAGCCGCUGACCAGCAUGGCGCCCGCAGAGCUGCACGGACACGGCGGGGCGCUGGUGUUCCUGAAUGGAAACCUGGUGGGGGCGCACAGGCGGCCGCAUGGGCUGGUGCGGGAGGUCAGGGAGCUCCGGCGCGCGGGUCUGCUGGGCGAGUUCGUGCACGUGCACCUGCAGGGGGACGCGUGCUACGUGAGCGCGGACGGGGGGCGCGUGUGCCGGCCGCUCAUCAUCUGCGACGCGGGGGUGCCGCGAGUGCGGCAGGAGCACAUCAGCAAGCUGAGGAGCGGCGAGUGGUGCUUCAACGACUUCCUGCGCCGGGGGCUGGUGGAGUACCUGGAUGUGAAUGAGGAGAACGUGUCGCUCAUCGCGCUGUACGAGAAGGACUGCAACAAGCUGACCACGCACCUGGAGAUCGAGCCCUUCACCAUCAUGGGGGUGGUCUCCGGCCUCAUCCCCUUCCCGCACCACAACCAGUCGCCCCGCAACACCUACCAGUGCGCCAUGGGCAAGCAGGCCAUGGGCAACAUCGCCUACAACCAGCUCAACCGGCUGGACACGCUGCUGUACCUGCUGGUCUACCCGCAGCGCCCGCUGCUGACCACCCGCACCAUCGAGCUGAUCGGGUUCGACAAGCUGGGCGCGGGCCAGAACGCGAGUGUGGCUGUCAUGAGCUACAGCGGGUACGACAUCGAGGACGCUAUCGUGAUGAACAAGUACUCGCUGGACCGGGGGUUCGGGCGCUGCAUCGUGCUCAAGAAGUACGGCGUCAGCCUCAGGAAGUACGCCAACCGCUCCUCCGACCGCAUCGUGGCUCCCCUCCCGCUGCCCGGUCAGAAGGCCGUGGCGCCCCGCUUCCGGCUGCUGGACCGCGACGGUAUCGCCAGCGUGGGCGACUACAUCCUGCCGGGUGACGUGUACAUCAACAUGCAGCGACCCUCCAACACGCGGGACCCGCUGCCGGCUGCGAACAUGCCCGACUCGUUCUACAGGCCCAGCCCCAUGUCCUGGAAGAGCACUCCCGCCAUGGCUGGGGAGCGGUGUGUGGUGGACAAGGUGCAGCUGACCGCCAAUGAUGAGAGCCACUACUCCAUCAAGGUUCUCAUCCGUCACACCCGCCGCCCCGAGCUGGGUGACAAGUUCAGCAGUCGCCACGGCCAAAAGGGGGUGGUGGGCAACAUCGUGCGGCAGGAGGACUUCCCCUUCAGCGAGCGGGGUGUGUGCCCCGACCUCAUCAUGAACCCGCACGGCUUCCCCUCGCGCAUGACGGUGGGCAAGAUGAUCGAGCUGCUGGGCAGCAAGGCCGCCGUGUCCUCGGGUCGCUUCCACUACGGUACCGCAUUCGGCGAGCCCUCCAACCUGGCGGAUAAGGUGGAGGACAUCAGCGCCACGCUGGUGCGACACGGCUUCAGCUACAGCGGCAAGGACUUCCUGACCAGCGGCAUCACGGGCGAGCCCCUGGAGGCCUACAUCUUCAUGGGCCCCGUCUACUACCAGAAGCUGAAGCACAUGGUACUCGACAAGAUGCACGCGCGCGCCCGUGGCCCACGGGUCGUCCUGACGCGGCAGCCCACCGAGGGGCGCUCGCGCGACGGCGGGUUGCGGCUGGGUGAGAUGGAGCGCGACUGCCUGAUCGCGUACGGCGCGAGCAUGCUGCUGCUGGAGCGACUGAUGAUCAGCAGUGACCAGUUCGAGGUCCAUGUGGACGCCCGCAGCGGGUUGCUCGGCUGGUGGGACGCGGCCCGCAACUGCCCGGUGUCCCCCCUGGACAAGAGCAGCGAGCACAUGGCGCCCAUCAAGAUCCCCUACGCCUGCAAGCUGCUGUUCCAGGAGCUGCAGGCCAUGAACAUCAUCCCGCGGCUCAAGCUGGCGGAC